GGGGGGAAGAAGCCAUAACCAUAAUCUCGUCGCUCUGUGGCCCUUUCCCUCCUAAUUCUCUUCCACAAUAUCCAGCUAUCCUUCGGGUAUUUCUCCCGCCUCGUCGGUCAGGAUUCAAUUCUUCCUCUUCUCGCCUUCUUCCCCUUCUGCACUCAUCUUCGUUCGUCACCAUAUCUGCCAGCCUCUUCUCGGCCAUUGCUAACACAUCCAUUUUUGCUCUCCUCGACUCCUUACUACAGCAUUCAUCUUGUCAUUUCAUCAUCUUCACCGCGCACGCCGUAUUCUCUUCAACCUCGGCAACCACCAGUCACCUUGGUUCGCAAUUUAUUCGUCUCGGAGUUGUUCUAUCGUGAUAAGCCAGUCAUGCGUUCAAGCUUUGUGACUUUUGGCCUUACGGCUCUCCUGAAAUUCGCUGCCCCUGCCUGGGCCCUCGGUUCUGUUCUUGAGGCCCGCGCCGCACAGGCCGUUGAGGUCUGUGAUCCGCCCUCCUCCAGGGGCCAGCCAUUCGACAAGCUGUCUUCUUGUGGGAAGGCCAGGGCCAUUGAGGAAAACAUCUGCCGGCCGGAGAACGGUGGUUCGGAAGCUCUCCAGAAGCAUGCCUCCUGCAUGUGCAAAGGCGAUUUCUUUCCAGUCAAGCUGGCCUGUGAACGCUGCAUCCGGGAUCAUGGCGGAAUGUCCGACCGCGACUUCAACUUCUAUGGCGGGAUCCUUGAGAGAUCCCAGAACGACCUCUGCCGGGCCGAGACUCCGGCCGCCCCCUUUGCCACUAUUUGGUCUGCUCACCGGGACAUUGCCACCAUGCCAACAUCGGGUGCCACGGCCGUCGUCGACAAACUAGCCACUGCUACUGAUGAGGCUGCCACCAAAACAACCGUUCAAAAGCUCGCGGAGUCCUCGGAAUCUGUCCCCACCAAGACAGCCGAGCCCACGACGGCGGCCACCGGGGCUAUGGAGAUUGCGACACCCCUUGUCACGGACACGGCAACCAUCCGCAGCUUCGAGUCCUUUACACGCGGGACGAACGGUCUUCUGACUGGUACCCAAUACAGGACAGCCGGCCACAACUUGACGACCGGCCGUUUUACCAAGCCUCCCCUCAGGGGGACACCUCGGCAUGGUGACUCCGAGCAGGAUAAAACGGGUGCUGGGAUGCAGAUCCAAGUUCUAGCUGGUCUUUUGACAGGUGCCGCGGGAAUAGCCGCGGUAGCCCUUUUGUGAAUCAUUUCAGACAACUGUGUUUCGAGCGGAAUGGAGUAGAGGGGUUCAUUGGUGGCUUUUUACUGACAUGAGCAUGGGCAUUUUUAACUUGGGUGUACGACGGUUAUUACUACAAACCCAGACAUGAUCAAGCACGCGUUGAAGUUGGUACUAUCAUCGCAAGGGGGGUGGGUUAAUGAGAAAUGUUUCUGCCAAGGUAGCAGAGUGCGGUCUUGUGUGUUCAGAUCACUCGAACGUCAUGAUUU